AUGCAAACAAAUUGUAUUUUGAAGCCACUCUAAUUGCAACCUUAGGUAAGACCAAUUAUUAUAAUAUAGAAACCUAUGAAACCAUUGGCUGGAAUGCAGCAAAAUCUAAAUGAACAUUUUAAUAACAUCAAGAACAUAAUUCCUUAUCAAUUUGUUGAUAAAAUCAGUCCUCAUAUUACAAUUUGUAAGAUAAAUGAAUUAAUUUGAGGUGGAUUGACUCCUAAAAUAACAGAACAAUCUUUAAGACUAGUAUGUUCAGAAUAUGGAAAUGUAGUGAAUAUUUCUUUACGGGCAUACUAUAGGGAUGUUCAAGCAUAGAUAGUAGCUAAUGUUACAUAUGAAAAUGCAUCAUAAGCAUAAUUUGCUUAUAUGGAAUUACAAAAGAAAGUAGAAAAUGGAUUUCAUUUUCAACUUUAGUAAUAUUUUUAUUUAUUGUAGUUAUGGAGGUCCAUGUUAUCAAAGCACAUCUAAAAUAGUGAAAAUAAAGUUACCAAAUCCAUAGAUUAGAGGAAUAAUUGAUAAAUUGGCUAGACAAGUAGUUAAAGAAGGUGUAUAAUUUGAAUAGAUGAUUAAAUAAAGAGAAAUAAACAAUAAUAAAUAUGCAUUUUUAUAUAUGGUAAAUGAUUAGAGAUAAAAAAUAUAUUAGUAGUCAGAAGAGAAUGAGUAUUAUAAAUGGAGAGUAUAUUCAUUUCAAAAUGGUGAUGAUGAAAAAUAAUGGAAGUAGGAACCAUAUUAUUUCAAUCUAAAUGAACAUAUUUAUAUUCCACCUUCAAUUGAAUUGGAAGAGGCUCCUUCAUUUGCCAAAAAAGAAUUGGAAAAAGCUUAAAGUAAAUAUAGCAGUAUUAUAUAUUAUAGUUACAACCAAAAAUAAGAAAACUCAAUAUUAAAUAUUAGAGGAUUAAGAUAGAUUAACAUUUAGUUAGAUGUUAAGGGAAAUAAAUACUUAGAAGUAAUGAUAUAUAUAUAUAUAUAUAAAAUUAGACAUACAAUAGGAAAGGCAAUGGUAUUCUGUAUUGAUCAUCAGAAUUGUCCAGCAGAUCUAAUGUUAAUUUUAGAGGAUUCACUCUUAAAUGAUUCUAUAUGGUCUAUUAAAGUAAUAGUUAAUAAUAAUAUAAAAGCUUGCUCGUUUGUAUUUGAUUUCAGAUAUUUUGAAUAACUGCAAUCAGAAUUUUAAGAGCUACAUCUAGUGGUGUUUGCCUAAGAUUUUUAGUAAUUUAGAUCAAUUACUACCUUAUAAAGAAAAAGUAAUUAUAUUUAUAAUAUAUUAAAAGAUUUUGAAAUUGUUGUAAUGUUGGAGAGAGUAGAAUUUGUUUGACCAAAAGUACUUGAAGGGAUUAGAGCUAUCCUUUUUGUUGAAAGAACAGUCAAUCCAAAUUGAGAGCAUCUCCUCAUAGCUUUAUAAAGUCGAUGGUUAUUUUAUUGAAGGAAAAACUCGCUCAUGUUGAUGAUGAGACACUUGAUCGUAUCUGCCGAAUUAAGGGACUAUGCUCUUAGGGUUCUCGUGAUACAUUAAUCCAACGUUUAGUUUAGCAUAAGUUCUACAACAGAGCCAAUCCAGACGUUUCUCUUGAACAAGUGUCCAAAUUUGUUCAAGUUUAUCGUUACAUUGUUGAUAAGGUAUUUAUGAUCUAUAUUAUCAUCUAAUCAAAGGAUCAAUAAACUAUUAUUUCAUCUUAGAAAUAAUCAUUUACUACAUAGAUACAAAUGAUGCAAGAAUUUCUUAAACUAUUAUAGAAAAGGUUUAUAUUAUAUUACCUUUAGAUAUAAAAAUAUCAUAAGUAAAGAAGGAGAAGAAAUAGAUGCAAUUGAUGAAAGAAUAUAUGAAUUCAAUAAACAUAUAGAAAUCUAAAGAGCUGAAAGAAAUCUAUAUUUAAACAUAGAUGGCAAAGAUCUUACUGAAGAAGACAUCAGAACAAUUGAAGAUAAGAAAGUUCAAGUUGUUACCAAUUAUGAAUUGACUUAUCUACAACCUAAACCACCUUUGCCUCCAGUUCCAACCGAUCCUAUUGAAGUAUUAUUAAUUCUUAUCUUUUAGAUUGAAGUCUAAUAAUAUAGAGAUAUUCUCUUUUAAAGUGGUUUAUAUGAUCCUUUUAAGAUCGAAGAAUUCUCUAAAUCAAAAAGAGCUCAAUUAAUUAAGGCUGAUUAAUUGAAAAAAGAGAGAGAGAAACAAUUACUAUUGAAAUAACAAUAAGAAUUGAGAGAGAGAGAAAAAGAAAGGGAAAGGGAAAGGGAAAAAGAGAGAGAAAAAGAAAGAGAGAAAGAAAAAGAACGGGAGAGAGAAAAAGAACGUGAAAGAGAAAGAUAACGACAUCAUAGUAAUUUGAAUGCAUAUAUUAUAGAUCGUAUUAACAAAAGAAGUAGUUCUAGUUCUGAAUCAGAUAAAAGGAAUUAGAAAAAAAGAUUUGAAGGAAAAUAUGAUCAAAAAUAUGAUUAAAAACAUUAUAAGAGAAGAUCUAGAUCAAGAAGCAAUUCAAGAAAAAAGAAAGCUCAAAAUAAAAAGAGAUGAG